GAUGCAUGUGGAGUGGAUGUCGAUUCAAGAUAGUCUGAAGUAUCAUUUUGACAGGACGCCCUGUAGGUAAAGGGUAAAUACCCAAAUCAAAUCCUUGAUUUGAAAUGAAAUCAGCUGAUUACUUGGAUGGGGGCGGGUUCAAAUACGAGUGGAAGCCAUCUUGAACGGUUGGUUGACAAGACUCUUUCGUAGUCAGCUAAAAAUUGAGUACAACGCAUAGGAAACCGGUUAUUUCCGUUAUCCAAGGGUUGAAGAAACUUGAGAAAGGACGCAGCUGCUCAGUGAAGCUAGCUAAACAAGAUGGCUAGCUAAACAGUCUGCCAGUACUUGAAAGCUAGUUUAGCCCUCCUGGUGUAUGGUUUUGGAUGAAAAUGGCAGAUUACAUCUAUGCUAAACCCUAAUUUGCUUAAGAAAUCAAUGGUUAGACGUUUUCUAAAAAAAGGAGAGGGAUUUGUUUUUGACACUUGACGUUCCAGAAACCACAAUAUUUUCAAGGAACCUGCAGAGACAAAACCUUUGAACAUUUACAUUUGGAUAUUAUUAAAGUCUCAAGAGGGAAAGACAAUCUUGUGCUUUGAGUGGUCCCAGCACAGUGGGCUCACUAUAUUUUGAGACUGUUAGAGAUUGCAUUGCUAUUGAAACGGAAAGUAAAGCUCAACAAACAUGAGUACCGCCAGGACAGAGAACCCAGUGAUUUUGGGCUUGUCCAACCAGAAUGGACAGCUCAGAGGCCCAGUGAAGCCUGCUGGAGCACCAGGUGGAGGUGGAGGAGGCCCUCUACUACAGCAGCUUAAUCAGAUGAAAGGCACAAUCAACAAUGGCAACUCCCAACCGGCCCCUACAGCCAACGCUGUCAUCAAGCCUGGAGAUGACUGGAAGAAAAAUUUGAAAUUGCCCCCAAAAGACAUGAGAAUGAAAACUUCGGAUGUGACUGCAACUAAAGGCAACGAGUUUGAAGAUUAUUGCCUAAAGAGGGAGCUGCUUAUGGGAAUCUUUGAGAUGGGCUGGGAAAAGCCAUCUCCAAUUCAGGAGGAAAGCAUUCCCAUUGCACUGUCAGGAAGGGAUAUCUUGGCCAGAGCUAAGAAUGGCACGGGAAAGAGUGGAGCCUACCUCAUUCCCUUACUUGAACGUAUUGACCUGAAGAGGGACUGCAUACAAGCUGUGGUCAUAGUGCCCACCAGAGAACUGGCUCUGCAAGUAAGCCAAAUAUGUAUCCAGGUCAGCAAACACAUGGGUGGAGUCAAGGUAAUGGCAACCACAGGUGGAACCAACCUACGUGAUGACAUCAUGAGACUCGAUGAAACGGUACAUGUGAUCAUUGCCACUCCUGGGAGGAUUUUAGACCUCAUCAAGAAAGGGGUGGCUAAAGUCAACCAAGUGCAGAUGGUCGUUCUGGAUGAAGCUGACAAACUCCUGUCUCAGGACUUUGUGCUUAUGAUGGAGGAAAUGCUGGGCUUCCUGGCCAAACAGAGGCAGAUUCUGCUCUAUUCUGCAACCUUCCCUCUUAGCGUGCAAAAGUUUAUGAAUGCACACCUGCAGAAACCCUAUGAGAUCAACCUGAUGGAGGAGCUUACACUGAAGGGUGUGACUCAGUAUUACGCCUAUGUAACUGAAAGGCAAAAGGUCCAUUGCCUCAACACCUUGUUCUCCAGGCUCCAGAUCAACCAGUCUAUAAUCUUCUGCAACUCCUCUCAGAGAGUGGAGCUCCUUGCCAAGAAGAUCUCCCAGCUCGGUUAUUCAUGUUUCUACAUUCAUGCCAAGAUGAGACAGGAGCAUCGCAAUCGUGUGUUCCAUGACUUUAGAAACGGCCUCUGCCGGAAUCUUGUCUGCACUGACCUUUUCACAAGAGGAAUUGACAUUCAAGCUGUGAAUGUUGUGAUUAAUUUCGAUUUUCCCAAGCUGGGAGAAACAUACCUUCAUCGCAUUGGGAGAUCUGGCCGCUUUGGACACUUGGGUCUGGCCAUCAACCUCAUCACCUACGAUGAUCGCUUCAACCUGAAAGGGAUUGAGGAGCAGCUUGGGACAGAGAUCAAGCCCAUCCCUGGCAUCAUUGACAAGAGCCUAUAUGUGGCAGAGUACCACAGUGAAAGUGGCGAAGAACUCAAGCCAUGAGCCAAUCAGUCCAUGAUCCAUUCCCCUUUGUAUCUUUUUUCCAUCCCCUGUCUUGGAGUUCUUGUAUUUCUUUUUUUUAAAUGUAUAGUUUCUGUUUGGCUACUUUUUUUUUUUUUUUUUUUUGGAUGCACCAUAAGGAAUGUGUAUUUUGAUGGACGCGUUUCAGAAGAACUCAUUUGCAUUUUUUAAUGGGCUCUGUGCUGCUGCACCACCACACCCUGAAGACAUAAGCACCGGGAGGAAAGCAUGGGACCAAGUUAAAAAAUAUAUCAAGGCACAUUGUGAAGAUUCAUAUCCACCAAUGACACAAAGCCAGCACCAACAGACCGCUACUUGACACCCCUCCAUUCUCCACAUUUUAUUUUGAAAGUUUUAACCAAUUUGUAUCAAGUGCCUUAACAAGCAGUUCAACUCGUUCUAAAGUAAUAACCCUCCAUUAUCCGCCAUGAGACACACACACAUACACUCACGUUCACCUAAUUGAAAAUUGGUACAGCUGAUUUAACUUCAGAUCACAUUGGUGAAUUCAUAACGUUUUCUGUUGGAUCAUUCGUUUGCAAGAAAUGGAGAUAAAUAGGAGGGAGGCUGGUUUUUAAUCUAUCUGACUUAUCUUUCUGCUGGCUAAGCUGCACUUGAGUCUGGCUGCGAAAUGAGGACAAACUUGGAUGUUCCAUGGACAGAAAUGCUGGAUAUUUUUCCAAGAGACAGCCAGACUGUCAGUUGCUUGUGAAGAAGCGUGUGCUUUUAAAAGACCCAGACUCUUUCCUCAGUCUUCAGCAUCAGAACACUACAAAUGAAUAAGCAGCCCCUCCACACGGAGUCAUGAGGAUACCGGUUUUGGUGGAGUUUAAUUGUGGGAACGCUUUUUUUCUUUCUUUCUUUUUGUCCUGUGUUUCACCUUCCUAUGGAUGGCCAUGCUUAAUUCUGUAAGAUGUGCAGCCCUCACGUGGGGUGCAUCUUACACCUUGUGUAUAUACCUUCAUUUUAAGAUUGUUUUAAACGAGUUCAAAAGGCUGGCCGACAAACUAAAAAGCUCUCCCCCCACCCACCUUUUUCUCUCGUUAGCACUGGAGACCGUUUCCUUAAAUGCCAGUUUGUUUGAUCUGCAAUAUUGGCCUGUGAAUUUAUUUAUAAUUUUAGAAAUUGCAGAAUAUAUUAGACUCUAAAACAUGACCUUGUGCAUGAAAUGUUUUUGGAGGCAGUUUGUCGCUGAUAAUCUUUUAGGCCCUCCAAAUUUGAUGGUGAGUGCAAUUCUUCAAAGCUGCACUUAAACUGGUAUUGUUUAAAUAGUUGCCCUUAUUCUCCUGCUACCGGUGUUACCAAAUGUUCAGUCUAGACAGAUAGCUUUGUUAAGCUUGUGCAUUUGAGUAAUGAAUUCUUUGUCACCAGCCUUAACUUGUGAAAUGGACUCUUGAGACAUGCUCUAAGAUCUCCCCGUUAUAGUGUUAUUGGAAGAGACAAUAAUCUAUCAUGUAGUAGUACUACUCGCUGCAGUGCAGCUGACUUGGCAGAGCAAUUGUUUUCUGGGGGAGGUAGUAGCUGUUACAUUGAUCUAUGUGCUCUUUAAGCAUCGCUACAUUGCUUCAUAAAUGUUGGGGAAGCUGUGGAUUUAUUUACCCCCCUUCUAAAGAAUGUUGGCCAAAUGCAUCAAAAUGAACAAUCUGACCUAAAAUGUAGCAUGAAUUCAGUCUCUGUGCAUUGCAAGUUAGCUGGCUUUCAUUAAAACCAGCCAACAACAAAGAUGCCUCAUUGAAAAACAGGCUGAGCAGGUUGGGCUGCACUUAACACAGAGAGAUGGGUUCAGGCAAUAACACUGACUGCACUGCUUUUUGUACACUCCUAAUUCCAAAUAGGAGAGCAGUGGAAUGCAGAACCCCCCCCCCCCCCCAAAAAAAAGAAAUUGGCCAUGGGGGGAAUAAGGCAUGAAGGAUUACAUAUUACUAUUAGUCGGACUGCUUGUUUAAAAAAAAAUAACUUGGGCACCUCAGACUGCUGAGUUUAUGGCUUUUUUUCUGCCCUUUUCAUAUUUUAAGUAUUGGGAUACAGAUUUUUUUUUUUUUCAUUUUUAUGCAACAUGACAGCCUCCGUUUUGCAAUAAGGUGCCCUGACCACUUGUUGGUCAGCCGGGACGUUUUUGCAAAUGAGGUUCCCCCUUUGUUAUGGUGAGAUGCUCUCAACUGUUUUAAUCAAUGAGAAGUAGUAUUGCACAAUUAAUCAAUGCUCUUUUUUUUUAAAUGUAAGAAGAGUGACCUUGAUCUGUUAAAAAUCACCAUUUGACUUCUCAUUGGUUAGGACUGUGAUCCCUGUUCUCUCUGCUCUUAUCGUUGUCCCUUAAAUACGAGCACAUCGAAUUUGGCUGUUUUGGCUUAUGGGUUAGGUGGGAGGGCUUUAGUUGUAAAAUAAAAAUACAUUUGAAUUAAAUUUAAGCGUUUGAGUGAACAGGGAUCUAAUUGUACAGGCACUUGGCAGCUGUCUGUCUCUUGUCAGCCCACUGGCAGUAAUUACUGCAGCAAAUGCUUUCAGGGCAAAAAUUGACGAUCCUUCAAGAUGUUACAUUACAUUAGUUGCAAAAUUUUUGAUGGAAUGCUGCGUUACUGCCAGUGGUUGCCAAGAUGAGAACCUUAAAGACUGAGACAAGAGCAUCUUGCCCAAGAUUGGGUGACAAAAUUGGAUAGUUUGUAACUAAAUAGUCUCAUUCUUUAAGGUCUUUUUUUAUUUUUAUUUUGCGGGGUGGUUAAUGACUCUUGCUGCCCUGAUGCACAUGUUCAUCCUCUCGAUAGUUCCAACACAUUUACGAUAACACAGCUUUUGUGUACAAUCUGGCCGUCCUAUCCUGUUCCUGUCGAGGAGGAUGUGAGGAAUCCGUAAGGGUUUUUCCUUCAAAACUGAUGCAUCAGUAAAAUGGGAUGGGUUCUUUGGGCAUUACAAAAACAGGAUGACAUGAUCUAAUGAUCUAAAGUUAUGGUAAUGGGUAUAAAAAGGUUUGAGAAAGUUAGGGUUAGAGGGAAAAAAAGCCCUUAAAUUUGGAUUUUCUUUUUCAAAUGAAACAUUCAAGUGAGUAAACGUUACUAAAAAAAAAAGUCAAAAGUAUUUACAAAAGUCUCUAAAUUAAGUGAAGCAUUUAAAGCCUGAGUUCAUUUUUUUUUUUAUUUAAUGGAAAUUUGGUCGUUAUUUAAUUGGCAGAUUUAUUUUCAGUGAAGCUAAUUUUACAAUGGACUUAAGUUUAAAAGGAUGUCAUGAGUAAAAUUGGAUACGAUUGAAAGUUGUUUUGAAAAUAAAGCUCACUGAAAUUUA